UAUAGCCGCGCCAGCGUCACAUGACGUCUCCUCUGAGCAGCAGCAGCCAGUUGUUUACGGGCACUGAUGCAAUUGCUAAUGGACACCGCGUUGGCUGGCUGUCAAAAACUCUAGGCAGGAGGAGGUAAACCAGCACAGGUUGCUCCAGAGGUUGCCAGACAGGGACAACGGUCUGUAGCGUCCACUGCUUUUAAGGAUCUGAGACGGCGGCACCAUGGCCGACCACGAAGAAUCCAAGAAGAAUGGCUCUUCCCACCCGUCGGAGCCCCCCAAAGAGAGCAUGCAACUUAAGAAGGAGAUCUCGCUGCUCAACGGAGUCAGCCUGAUCGUAGGAAACAUGAUCGGCUCCGGCAUCUUCGUCUCCCCCAAGGGCGUGCUGAUCUACAGCGCCUCUUACGGGCUGUCGCUAGUCAUCUGGGUCAUCGGGGGCCUGUUCUCUGUGGUGGGGGCCCUUUGCUACGCUGAGCUGGGCACCACCAUCACCAAAUCAGGCGCAUCUUAUGCAUACAUCCUGGAGUCAUUCGGUGGCUUCAUUGCAUUCAUUCGUCUGUGGACAUCUUUGUUGAUUAUCGAGCCCACCAGCCAGGCGGUCAUAGCCAUUACAUUUGCAAACUACCUGGUGCAGCCGCUCUUUCCAACAUGUGAGCCACCAUACGCAGCGGCCAGGCUCAUUGCUGCAGCGUGUUUAUGCUUACUGACAUUCAUCAACUCUGCCUAUGUAAAGUGGGGCACCCGCGUGCAGGACACUUUCACCUACGCCAAGGUGGCAGCCCUCAUCGUCAUAAUCAUUACCGGCAUCGUCAAGCUGUGCCAGGGUUACACAAGCAACUUUGAAUCAGCCUUUCAGGGAUCGUCUACAGACCCAGGCAACAUUGCGCUAGCGCUGUACUCCGCCCUUUUCUCCUAUUCCGGCUGGGACACCCUCAACUUUGUUACAGAGGAGAUCAAAAACCCUGAAAGGAACUUGCCCCUGGCCAUCGCCAUCUCUAUGCCCAUCGUCACCAUCAUCUACAUCCUCACCAAUGUGGCCUACUAUGCUGUUCUGGAUGUUAGUGCUGUACUGGCCAGUGAUGCAGUGGCAGUGACCUUUGCAGAUCACACUCUUGGUGUGAUGAGCUGGACCAUCCCUAUUGCUGUGGCUCUGUCCUGCUAUGGAGGCCUCAAUGCCUCCAUUAUAGCUGCAUCCAGGUUGUUCUUUGUGGGCUCUCGUGAGGGUCACCUCCCAGACGCUCUGUCCAUGAUCCACAUACAGAGGUUCACUCCGAUCCCUGCUCUCAUCUUCAAUUGUGUCAUGUCACUGAUCUACCUGACAGUGGAGGAUGUCUUCCAACUCAUCAACUACUACAGCUUCAGCUACUGGUUUUUCAUGGGUCUGUCCAUCGCAGGCCAGAUCUACCUCCGCUGGAAAGAGCCCGACAGACCCCGACCUCUCAAACUGUCUUUAGUGUACCCGGUGGUGUUCUGUAUGUGUACUGUUUUCCUGGUGGCAGUUCCUCUCUAUAGCGACACCGUCAACUCCCUGAUUGGCAUUGGCAUUGCCCUGUCAGGGGUCCCUGUCUACUUCCUGGGCAUCUACCAACCAGAGUCCAAACGGCCGCCUAUCAUCACCAAGCUACUGCGGUUUCUGACUUACUGCACCCAGCACACCUGCUACUGUGUACUGACAGAGAUGGACAAAAGUGAAUAGCGUCCGAUACACUUCAAAACUUGAUCCAGCAGUCUCUGCAUCCUCACCAGGGUUCUUCUGUGGGGAAAAAAAGGAUUUUAUUGUACUGUUCACCAUGUUGAAGCCCUCAGACUCCACUGACUUGUUUAUGACAGUGAAAGUGCUGCCACAGAUGCUCACGUUCACAUGCAGAUGUUCCUGGAAUUCAAGGAUAUUCAAAGACUCCAACCGUAAUGAAACACAGUACUGUUGUACUGCAUAUUGUGGAUAUAUCGCCUGAGAAUUAAAAGACAAAUUGUCUGUUAAAUUCACUUCCUGACUGAAAAAAAGGGAAGAAAAUGUAUUUUGUCUGCUGCUACGCGAAGACUUUGAGUCAUCAUCCUCCAUUGCCUUUAUGUACUUUUGGUGCCAAUGUCUGGCAGGUUUGUAUUUUGCAGUAAAACUGAAAUAAAACAUGGGGGAUGUUCCAUGUGGUGGCUGAGGUGGUUUAACUGUCUCCUGAAUCCACUCUGUGGCCUUAACCGUUCUUUAUGUUUGCUUUAAACUGUGUGGCACCAAAUACAUUUCUUUAUCUUUACAGUGCUCAAUGUGCUGUACACAGAAUUAGUCAAAAUAGUCAUUUUGGUUUCCAUUAAAGUGCUUUUAAAGGGAAAGUUCACCUGUCAAAUUAAAAAUACAUAUUUGUU